CGUUUGCAUGUGUACGGAAUUUAUCAUCGGUCUGUGUUCGCUCAGUUCAUGAACCAAGGCGAAUCGACUGAGAUCCGUUCUAAAAUUUUGGAUUAUUAACUGCGUUCUUGGACAAUACAUAUGAGGAGAAAUAACCCCAAAUGAUGCCGGAUAUCUUCAGGUAGUGAGUCCAUUUGGUGGUGUAUUAACCAUGGCUGUGAGGGUGAAGCCGAGUUGUUGGGCAGUCACAUUACUCAUCACAGUGUUCACUGCUGCUCUGUGGACUGCCGCAGCGCAAGAGCCCGCUUACAACUUCCAGUUCACCGAGCCACUGUACAAUGCCAGCAUCCCGGAGAAUGCCGAAGUCAGAACAUACAUCACAACGCAACCAAAGACAGGAAUAUAUGUUCCACUGGAUUCAGAUAUCAUUGGAGUCAAGUACACAAUACUGGACGAGGACAGACUCUUCCGAGCCACUGACGAGAGGGUGGGGGACUUUGUGUUCCUCAGGAUCCGCACCAUUCCCUGUAAAAGCAAAGACGAGACAUGCUCCAGUGUCAUCAACAGAGAGCAGAAGGCAGAGUACCGACUACGCGUCAAGGCAGUGGGUCGCAUCCGUGGCCAGUCACCGGUCACUACCAUGACCAACGUGGUGGUCAAAGUCACUGAUGCAAAUGACCAGCGGCCGUUGUUUUCCCAGCAGAGCUACUCGGUUGCCGUUCCAGAGGACACACCUGUGGAAACCAGCAUCAUCACGGUGGAAGCAACGGACGCAGACUCGGGCACCAAUGGGGAGGUGUAUUACAGCUUCAAGAGGCGGACUGACCAGUUUGCCAUCCAUCCGACCAGCGGGGUGGUCACCCUGACUAGAGCCCUGGAUUAUCGGGAGACCCGUCAGUAUAGCCUGGUCAUCAUUGCCAAGGACAGAGGGAUGAUGCCGUACAACAUGGCCCCUCCCUUUGAGGCUACCCUGCGAGUCCAAGUGGCAGAAGUCAACAAGCAUGCCCCAGUCAUGAGUGUUCAAAUGCAGACACAGCUGUCGCGCAAUAGCGAUAUCGGCACUAUCUUUGCCAGCAUCAUGGUCACGGAUGAAGAUGAUGGCAGCAACGGUGAAGUGACUGAUGUCCGCAUCGUUGAUGGUGAUCCUGAGGAGUACUUCCAUAUUGAGUAUGAGGGUGGAGUAUUUCACAUUAAGACCCAGUUUGUCUUCAAGGCUGCCUCCCCUGCCGACUUCAACCUCACAGUGGUGGCCUCAGACCGGGGAAGCCCACCCCAGACAACGACAGAGAUCAUUCCAGUUAAGAUUUCAGGAUCCUACCAACACGCAAUGAUUUUCCGAAGUCAAAUUAUGAACAUCUCUGUCUCUGAGCUGGUUCCAAUCAACACGCCGCUUAUCUCUGUGGCUCCCGAAGACCAGGAUCCAAGCCUGGCUAUCACCUAUUCUCUGGCAGAAAGCAAGUCUCAGGUUUUCUCCAUCAAUGAGCGCACUGGGUAUAUCAGUCUGCGGCAAGAGCUGGAUCGUGAGACAAAAUCAGUCUACAACAUCACCGUUAAUGGCGUCAUUGAAGAGAGCAAAGCUGUCGCCUAUGUUGUUGUGUACGUGCUAGAUGCAAAUGACAAUAGCCCCGUCUUUGACCAGCAGUCUUACAGUUUUGAAAUCAAAGAAAAUUUUCCCGUCCACACCCCAGUUGUACAAGUCACUGCACGAGAUGCCGACCUUGGGGAAAAUGGUUUCAUAUCGUACAGCCUGGCUAACACAAACCCUAUUCCAUUUACCAUCGAUCACAUGACGGGAUUUAUCAACACAAGCAAGGUGCUGGACUAUGAAACAAUGAGGCGAGAGUACAAUCUUCGGGUUAGGGCAUCGGAUUGGGGAUCUCCAUUCCGCCGAGAGUCUGAAGUCCUAGUGGCCAUCCGUCUACAGAACAUCAACGACAAUCGCCCGCAGUUUGAAAAGAUAGACUGUGUUGGAACCAUCUCUCGCACCCUGACUGCUGGGGAAAAUAUUGCACUUAUCUCAGCAAUUGACUUUGAUGGAGAUGAGCGAGAGUUGCGCAUUGUCUCGGGAAACACAAGGGACCUCUUUGCUCUGCACCCAACCUCUGGUAACUUGACACUGAGAAGACAAAUUGAGGACACAGAUGGGCUGUUUUACAGCUUGCGCAUCAUGGCUAAUGACAGUGAGACCUCUGCAAGCUACAUGUACACCAACAUCAGCAUCAAUAACAAUCGCAACAUCAACCCAGGUGCACACGUCAGAGACUCCAAAGUCAGGUGCAAAUCCACCACAGCUCUGAGAGAUUUCCGAGACCUUCUCCAUCAGAAGACUGAGGAUGAAAAAUUCUCUGAGAAUGUCCCUGGUGUCGAUUUUGUUGAACUGUACAACACAAACCACCACACGCCCCAGUUUGAUGAAGACUUCCCCUCAAUCAUCUCCGUGAGGGAAGAUGCAGCAGUUGGCAGUGAUGUUGUCCAUGUGAAGGCAUCUGACAGUGAUCCUGGCUUCAACGGGAAACUCAUCUAUGCCAUCUCUGACGGAAAUGAUGACUCUCGCUUCCAAAUGGAUUUUGAGACAGGCAUCCUUCGGGUCCUGAGACCUCUUGACCGAGAACAGGAUGCCAGCUACGCUCUGACCAUCAAAGUGUCGGACCUGGGACAGUCCAGGAACACAGAAAAACGGCACAUCACCAUCAACGUCGAAGAUGUCAAUGACAAUGCCCCCGUGUUUGAUCAGACACAGUACGACAUUGAGCUCUCUGAGGACACAGAAACUGGUGUUGUCUUUCUCGCGGUUCAUGCCAGCGACCGGGAUAUCGGCAGGAACAGGGACAUCCGUUACAGCAUUGUCAGUGACUCUCCACAGUUUGCCAUCAACAGUGGCACUGGCGAGCUACGUGUCACCCAGUCCCUUGACCGCGAAACCACUCCUGUCCACAACAUCAAGGUCCAGGCCAAUGACAUGGCAGCCAAUAACCCACUGUCCAGCACAACGAUGGUCACUGUGACUGUCCUGGACAUCAACGACAACCCACCCCGCUGCAUGCGGGACAUCUUCAAUGUCCGGAUGCGAGAGGACCUUCCAAUCGGCACAGUCCUCAUGACCAUCCAGGCACUGGAUCCAGACGCCGGCCCUAAUGGACAAGUCACCUUUGGCAUCGCGGAUGAUGACACAAGCACAUUUGCCAUUGAUGAGCAGUACGGCACUUUGCGCCUGAUCUCAGAACUAGACUUUGAAUCCAUCCAGAUCUACGACAUCUUGGUUAAUCUCCAAGAUCAAGGCUCCCCAGCGAACACAUCCCAGUGCCACGUCUUUGUCCAGGUUGUGGACGUCAACGAGAACAGGCACGCACCGGCCUUCAAUAGCUUCUAUGCUGAAGGGACUGUACUGGAGAAUGCCACCAUUGGGACGGAGGUGAUGACGGUGACCACCACAGAUAUGGAUACCGGCAUGGAUGGAGUUGUAACCUACUCCAUCAAAGACGGAAGUGGACUGGGAUGGUUCACCAUUGACAAUGGAGGCACAAUCCGCACUGCUGAGCUCCUAGACCGUGAGAGCAUCCCGUAUUUCUGGCUGACCGUCUACGCCCAGGACCACGGUGCCAUGCCUCUCCACUCCAUCCUCGAAGUCUUCAUCCGCGUGGGAGACGUCAACGACAACUCCCCCAUCCCGACUAAGGCGAUCUUCGAGGCGUACAUCCCGGAGAACUCGCCGGCACUGGAGGAGGUGAUCCGCGUGGAGGCGACGGAUCCGGACGAGACCUCCAAUCAGGCCCUGACCUAUGAGAUCACCGCAGGGAACGCCUACCGUCACUUUGCCAUCAACAGCUUCACAGGUGUGAUCACAACCACAGACAAUGCAUUGGACCGAGAAGAUGAGGAAUAUCACACCUUAGAGGUUACAAUCAAUGACAAUGGAAGUCCCUCCCAGAGCGCUGUAACUCACGUGGUCGUCCACAUUCUUGACGAGAACGACAACGCGCCCAAGUUCAACGAGGGCGUCUUUGUCAGCAUCAACGUACCUGGCCAGGAUCGUAGCGAGGAGCGUCGUAUCAUCUACGGUGCUGUGGCCUCAGAUAAAGACAUUGGCGAGAACGCAGACCUGAGCUACUACAUUCGAGAGGGUAACAACGCCGGGAAGUUCGAUAUCGAUCCCACUACCGGUGUCGUAUCGACCACCAAGUUGCUGGCGGAGGGAGACCAGUACAAUCUAGUGCUGGAGGUACUCGACAACGGCCGUCCCACCCAGCAGUGGGGUAAAUUCAGACUGGUCAUUUUCAUCACGGCACCCGUGACAGAGUCUCUCAGCCCUCCCGUCAUAGUGGACGCCAUGGACGGCACCGUGUCGGAGAAGGAUCCCUUUGGCACAUUUGUCACCAGUAUUUUUGCGUAUGAUCCCGACGAUGAUGAGCUGUGGUACAGCAUCAAAGCCGGCGACGACAACAACGAUUUCUUCAUGCAGCCGUCGAGCAGCGUCAUCCUCAUAGCGUCCAAACUGGACGCCGAAAGGCAGUCAACUUAUGAUCUGACCAUCGGCGUCUCUGAUGGGUUCCACGAAGUCACUCAGACUAUUCGUGUGAUGGUCAUGAACUUCAACGACAACCCGCCACUCCUGGAGAAACUGGAAUACUCCGUGGAUAUUUACGAGAACACGACCAUCGGCACAGAGAUCCUGCGCAUCCGUGCCACGGACCGGGACCACUCUGACCGCCUGACCUACUCCCUGAAAGGUGCGGCGGACCAAGCCAGCAUGUCCAUCUUCAGAGUCCACUCCAAGACCGGGGCGCUGACCACCACAGCUCCCUUGGACCACGAGACCCGACGGCGCCACGUACUGACCGUCCAAGUCAAAGACCACAACCUGGUCACUCACCGCAACUACACCCGGGUGCUGGUCAAUAUCUUGGACUCCAAUGACCACGCCCCUGAGUUUGGGGCGUCGGCCUACGAGGGGCGUGUCUUUGAGACGGCGGCGGUUGGUACCCAGAUUACUCAGGUGCAUGCAUAUGACAAGGACCAGGGAACCAAUGCGGAGGUCACAUAUUCCAUUGUCUCAGUCGACAGGCAAGACAGACCGCAAGGCAAUAUCGGUGAAGUCUUCAAUAUUGAUCCAAUUCUGGGCAUCAUCACCGUCGGAAAGGAGCUGGACCGCAAGGAAAAAGCCAUCUAUGACCUGAUCCUCAAGGCCACGGACCGGGGUACCCCCUCCCUCAGCAGUCUCACUACCAUCACCAUAUCCGUCACCCUGUCUAACAAUGCCCCGCCCAAGUUCACUCAGGAUGAGUACAUGGUAGAGCUGAUGGAGAAUCGCCUUCCUAACGAGUUUGUGGUGGAAGUCGUCGCCAUUAGUCGCUCCUCGGUCUACUACCGCAUCCUGGCUGGCAACCACGCCCGGAGGUUCGACGUGAACGCCAACACAGGUGUCAUCACCACAGAGGUCUCGUUGGACUUCGAGGAGCAGAUGUACUAUAACUUGACGAUGGAGGCUACCAACAUGGUCGGCCUGAGCUGCACCACUCAAGUACUGAUCCACGUGCAGGAUGUUAACGACAACCCGCCGUACUUCACUGCUACCAUCUACAAGGGCAGCAUCACCGAGUCUGCACCCUUAUCCAGCGUGGUCCUGGACGCAGCCAACCAGCCUCUAGUCAUCGCUGCCCUGGAUGCUGACUCGGAUCACAACGCUCAGCUAGUCUACGAGAUUGUCGAGCCGGACGCCCAGAAAUACUUCAUGAUUGACCCCAGCACCGGCGCCAUCCGUACCCGUAUGAUGCUAGACCACGAAGACAUCCCUCAGUUUGACUUUACCGUUCAGGUUAGGGAUUCUGGAGAUCCAGAGCUCUGGGCAGCCAGUCCUGCCCACGUCACCAUCAACAUCAUAGACAUCAACGACUCCCCGCCGGAGUUCACCCAAGAUGUCUUUGAAGCCAGUCUCCUUCUUCCAACCUUCAGAGGUGUGAAGGUCCUGACACUCCAAGCCGUGGACUUAGACACAGUCAGCAUCUCCCAGCUUGAAUACUCGAUCGUUACUGGCAAUCACGGAAAAGAAUUCAAUGUGGACACUACCACCGGAGUCCUUACAGUAGCUGAUGGCUCAAAUAUCCACGGAACCUAUGAGCUAGGUGUGCGUGUGACGGACGGAUUGUACUACGGCCAUGCAGAGGUUUCCAUCAGAGCCAAGCCCCGCACUUCUUCAGAGCUGCGCUUCGCCUCCGACGACAUUUACGCCGUCAUCCAGGAGAACGACACCACGGUGCGAGACCUGGCCUUCCUGAACGUCCUGGGUAACGGGCUGAAUGAGCCUCUGACCUACUCCAUCCUCAACCCCAACGGCAUGUUUGAGAUCCGACCUACCUCCGGGGUGCUGAGGAAUACUGGCAUGGCAUUUGAUCGGGAGAAACAGGACCAGUACAACAUUGUGGUUGAGGUGCAAGAUAUGCGCAGUCCUCCGCGCAUGGCCCACGUGAUCGUACACGUGGAGAUUCUGGACGUCAACGAUAACGUUCCGGUCUUCGUGCACCACCUGUUCAACGCCAUCGUCCAAGUGGAUGCCAACAUUGGUGAAGUCGUCAGACAGGUCACAGCGGUGGACAGGGACAAAGGUCUGAAUGGUGAGGUCAAGUACACUUUGGUUGAAGGUGGUGAGGGUCACUUUGACAUUGACAGCACCACGGGUACCAUCGUGGUGAGAAGACCCCUCAGGACCAACUCCCAGAACAAGAACUUCACUCUCAAGAUCAAGGCCAGCGACAAAGGAAAACCCCGUCACAGUGCUGUCGUGGACGUCCCCAUCACCGUCCAGAACAAAGCCAUGCCUGUCUUCCAGGAGCAGUACUACCAAGCCUCGAUCCCUGAGAACAUCCAGCUGCACUCGGCUGUCAUUCAGAUCCAAGCCAUCAGCCCUCAUGGUAGGGACGUCCUGUACAGCAUCAGCGGAGGCGACGAGUUCAAACAGUUUGACAUCAACCCCAACACAGGUGUGGUCAACGUGAUUGGACCCAUUGACUACGAGAGCCAACAGGCCUACCGACUCACCAUCCAAGCCAGCGACACCCUGACUGGGGCCUUCGCCUCCGUCAUGCUAGACAUCACAGUCCUAGACAUCAACGACAUUGCUCCCAGCUUCCAACAGAAGGUGUACCAGACCACGCUGUCUGAGGCUGUAUCCGUGGGCUCCACGGUGGCGCGUGUCCGAGCCACGGAUAUUGACUCUCCGGCAAACAGUCGUAUCGAGUACCGGAUCGUCACGGAAGGGGAGGUGGCAAGCUUCUUCCAUCUGGAUCCCGACAGCGGCCUGAUCCUGACUUCCCAGGUCCUGGAUUAUGAGCGCUACCCGCGACACGAUUUCAUCGUCGUGGCUACCGACUCGGGCGUACCCAUGCUGAGCAGCGAGGCGCGCAUCACCGUAGAGGUCCUAGACAUGAAUGAUAACCCACCAGCUUUCUCCCACCAACGUUACGAGUGCACGGUCAGCGAGCUGGCAGGCAGGGGCGAGUUUGUGACCGCAGUCACUGCAACCGAUCCUGACAUAUCCGACACCGGGAAACUGACGUAUUCCAUCGUGUCUGGAAACGAUAAGAUGGCAUUUGCUAUCGACAGUAAAACAGGCGUCAUCAGUCUGUCCAACACCCAUGAGCCAAGCCUCGCCUCCCACUACACCCUCAACGUCUCCGUCUCCGAUCGCGUCUUCACCAGCUCGGCCCAGGUCCAUGUCAGCCUGGCCCCGCUCAACCGCCACGCUCCCGAGUUCAGCCUGGCCGAGUACAACAUUGAGUACCCCGAGAACGAGACGGCUGGGGGCGUGGUCUUCCAAGUGGUGGCCAGCGACGCGGACGAGGGACCCAACGGCCAGGUGACCUACGCCAUCAUUGGCCACGAGGCUAGGAUGAGAUUCGAGAUUGACAGCCAGUCAGGUGAGAUUCGAACCCGGGUCAGCUUGGACCAGGAGGACCCCAAGGAGCGUACCAUCACCAUCCCCAUCAUGGCUUCGGACCCAGGCGGCAAGACCAGCUACACUAAGGUCAAUGUCAUCCUGACUGACAAGAACGACAACCGGCCGCAGUUCGAGAGGCAGCUGUAUGAGGCUUUCAUUCCAGCUGGCUUGGAGAUCGGUGCCGAGAUAAUCAGGGUUUCAGCCAAUGAUGCUGAUCUGGGCAGCAACAGCCAACUGACGUACUACUUCGACAACGGUACGUCGGACGGCAUCAUUGACCAGUUUGAGAUCAACACGCAGACUGGACUCCUGUCGGUCCGGCAGUCACUCCAGGGCAAAGAGGGAUUCCAUUUUCAAUUCUUCAUGAAAGCGACCGACAGUGGUACCGUGCCACUCAUUGGCCGCGUCCCAGUCAGCAUUUACAUCCUUGGUCCCCAUGACGAGACGCCCGUCUUCGAAGGUCAGGAUCAGAUGCUGAACUUUGAGCUCUCUGAAGACCACGCCUUGGGAGAUACCAUCGCCACUUUGACAGCCCAGAGCAAUCGCAGCCUGACCUACAGUCUUGUCCCAGGGACUGACCCGCGCACCAACCUCCCGGCUAAGUUCAGCAUCGGCCAGGAUGACGGGGUGCUAACGGUGACCAGCCAGUUGGACUAUGACACCUGUAAGUGGUACAAGCUCAUUGUCAAGGCUGAGAUACAAGACAUCCCUAAACUGGCGGCCUUCAUGGAAGUCACUGUCUCGGUCCAAGACAUCAACGACAACCCACCCAUCUUUGACGACUCGUCCUACGAGAUCCGCGUACCAGAGAACAUUCCCGUGGACUCCGAAAUCCUCCAGGUCCGCGCAACAGAUGUUGACUCGGCCAUCUUUGGACAGAUCAGGUACAAUCUGGCGCCCUCAGAGGAGGACGAAGACUUGGAAGCCCUGGACAUGUUUGAAGUUGACCCCGAAACCGGCGUCCUCAAGACCAAAGCUGUCCUUGAUCGGGAGAUGUUCACCAGCUUCACCGUGAUCGUGGUGGCUACCGACGGCGAUACGGGCGACGCCCAGAACACAGCAGAAACCACCGUCCACAUCAUCCUGAUGGACUUCAACGACUCCCCACCCCACUUCACCCACUCUUCCUACUCCGGCCGGGUGCUUGAGUCGGAGCCCGUGGGAACAGUGGUCACGGCGGUAUUUGCCACAGACGCAGACCUUGGUUCCAACUCGGACCUGGUGUACUACAUCACUGAGGGGGAUCCGUUUGGUCACUUUGCCAUCGAGAGCAACUCAGGACAGAUCUUUGUGUCCAGGGAGCUUGAUCGCGAGUUGAAGGAGACGUACAACCUGAACGUGACGGUGACUGACGGAGCCUUCAUGGAUGCUGCGAUGGUCACUAUCACUGUCCUGGAUGUCAACGACAACGUGCCUUUCUGUGCACAGACUGUCUACUCAGACGACGUGACUGAGAGCCUACCUCCGGGCACCGACAUCCUCCAAGUAUCUGCGUCAGACGCUGAUGCUGGGGACAACGCCGUCAUCACUUACACCCUGAGCGGUGAUGAUGCCGCACUCUUUGCCAUCGAUUCUUCCUCUGGUCAAAUCAGCUCAGCUGGCCAGCUGGACUAUGAGACUCAGUCCCUCUACCACUUUGAGGCCCUGGCGUCAGACGGCAGUUUCUCCUGCGCCUCUCAGAUCUUUGUGGGUCUCCUGGACGAGAACGACAACCCACCUGUCUUCUCAUCCAGUGUGUACAACGAGAGCGUCAGCGAGAACACUACGCUGAACACGCUGCUGACAAGGGUCCAAGCUGUCGAUCCUGAUACAGGUGUCAAUCGUCAGUUUACCUUCUCCAUCGAUGAUGCCGACGUUCAGAGCUUCACCAUUGACCGUGCCUCGGGCAUCAUCACUUUGCGCCAGAUCCUGGACCGAGAGAACCGUAGCAUCUACAACCUGACCCUACAGGCCACGGAUACCAACAACCCUUCCCUGGUAUCCUACGCCCUGCUGGUCAUCAACGUCCUCGAUGAGAACGACAAUGAGCCGCAGUUUGAGCACGACUUGUACAACGCCACCCUGUCCGAGGACGUCGCCAUCGGUACGACAGUCGUGACGGUAGAGGCGUUGACCAAAGACGUCGGUCUGAAUGCCUUGAUCACGUAUCAGAUCAUCAGUGGAAAUGAACACGGCAAGUUUGAAGUGGAUAUGUACACAGGUCAAGUCUUGGUAGCCGACACGCUGGACUUUGAGAUGUCCAGCAGUUACUACUUGACCAUCAAGGCUACGGACAGCGGGCUGCGUCCGCUAUCCGACACCACCAUGGUCAGUGUCUACAUCACAGACGCCAACGACAACGUGCCACAGUUCAGUCAGGUCAUCUACUACAGCGAGAUUAACGAAGCGGCCAGGGUGGAAGAUAGCAUAGUGCAGGUUUUGGCCACUGAUGCAGACAGCGGUGCGUACGGUGAGGUGACGUACUCCAUCCUGCGUGGGGAUCUCUUCUCUCAGUUCACCAUCGACGAGAGGAACGGCCUGAUCAGUGUGGCUGCGGAGCUGGAUAGGGAACAGACUUCCUCGUAUUCCCUGAUCAUCCGUGCCAGAGAUGGAGGAGACCCAGCCCAGUUUGAUGACGUCUCCGUUCAAGUCUCAGUCGGAGAUAUCAACGACAACCCACCGAGGUUCCAGCGCUCUAACUACACCUUCUAUAAGAGGGAGGACUUGCCUGUCAACAGUAAGCUGUUUCAGUUGAAUGUGACAGAUCCUGACUCUCCAGUCAACGGCCCGCCGUUCACCUUCACCAUCAUCAGGGGCAAUGAGGACAACGACUUCAACAUUGAUGCCGACGGAGUCCUGAUCAACCGCUUCCCUUUCAACCGGGAGAUGAAGGACGAUUACCAGCUGACUGUCCAGGUGACGGACAAUGGCAAACCGCCCUUGUCUUCCGUCGCCCAUGUCAGGUUGGAGAUCAUCGAGCCUACCAAUCCGCCGAUUGUCAAGUCGCCGGUCAAGAUCACCAUCAACUCCUACGAGGAUGACUUCCCAGGCGGAGUCAUCGGAUGGGUAGAUGCCGUGGACGCGGACCCAGAUGAUGUCCUACGGUUCGAGCUUGCCAACAACAUGGGUAACGCCUUCCGGGUGGAUCCGGAGACCGGUAGCAUUCUGGCCCAGCCCGACUUGGAUGAAGGCUUCUAUCAGCUCAAUAUCAGCGUCAGUGAUGGUCAGUUUAUGUCCUACUGUGACGUCCAGGUGACUGUGGAUCCUGUGACAACGGAGAUGUUGAACAAUGGGGUGACUAUCCGCUUCCAGGACCUUACCCCUGAGAAGUUCCUCUACUUGCACUUUAGUGUCUUCAAGCACAUCAUCAGUAACAUCUUGAAAUCAGCUGACUCGGAUGAUGUCCAAAUCAUCAGCAUCCAGCAAUCCGAGCUGGCAGCUGUAAACACGGAGGUCCUGUUUGCAGUCCAGAAGUCGGACCGUCGAGGAGUAACCUACUUCAAGCCCAAGUCCCUGGAGCGACAGAUCAACGGAAGCGUGUCCAGCUUCCAGCAGCGUAUGGGUGUCACGGUCCAAGCCAUUGUGGCUGAUGUCUGUCUGGACAAGGUCUGCGACAAACAGCGACGCUGCGAGUCACACGUGACCUUUGACCAAGCCAGAGUGACCACCAUAGACGAUGGGGAAAACAGUGGCUUUGUGUCGGCCAGGCACAGCAGAGAACCUAUCUGUGUCUGCAAAGAGCGUGUCGAGGGCUGUAGCGACCUACCCACUGCCGAGCCCCCUCGCCCCCAGACACCCACCACUGACCCAUGCUCCAGCGACCCCUGUCCAGACUACAUGUCCUGCCAGGGUAACGGUGACUCCUACACCUGUGUCUGUGCCGACAACAGCCUGAGCUGCGGCGGAGGGGAUCCCAGCCUGCGUCCCAUGAGCUUCACUGGUAGCAGCUACAUGCGCUAUGACUUACUGGAUGUGUCUAGUCUGUCAGUCAGGGUAGCCGUAGCCAUUCACACCGUGGAAUCUAAUGGUGUCAUCAUGCAUGGGGAAGGAGAUGAUUACAGCACGCUGGAGAUUGUGGAUGGCUAUGUUCAGUAUACAUUCGACUGCGGAAGCGGCCCAGCAAAUAUUCCUCUGACAAGAAAACGCGUGGAUGAUGGCAAUUGGCAUGAGGUAUCCAUCAGCCACCACGGAAACGUUGCAACGGUUACCCUGGACCGGUCAGUCUCGGCAACUGGGAGUGCGGCCGGUGACAAGCGUGCCCUCAACCUCAACAAGAUGGUCUUUGGUGCAAGGGUGACCGACCAGGUCCGUGCUCGAAGGGAAACGGUCUCGGAUGGGUUUGUCGGGUGCAUGGGCGACAUGAAUGUCGACGGGCUGAGACUGGAGCGGACCGGGGACGGCAUCACGCCCAGCGGUAUCGGCGAGUGCCCAGCCAAGGUCCUGAAAGCCUGCGCUGGCAAUCCGUGCGAGCACGAAGGUACUUGCAUCGAUUAUGGUUACAGCUUUGUCUGUGACUGCCGCCCAGGUUGGAACGGCAACAGAUGCCAGUAUCCCUUCACGCCUUGCAACCCAGACCCCUGUGCGAACGGCGGGACUUGUUACAGUACCGGCAAUGACUUCCAGUGCGACUGCAAGGAGCCUUACGCGGGACGCAACUGCAAUGAGGUGCUCUGCCCUGUCGAGGUUUGCCUCAACGGCGGCUUCUGUAAGCUCGGUAGCAUGACUUGCAACUGCACAGGCACCGGUUACGGCGACACCUACUGCCAGAUGGAGCUGACUCACUGCAGUCAGAACCCCUGCCGAUACGGUGAACACUGUGAGCAGCUGUCGGAGUCCUACAAAUGCUGCAGUCCAUCCUCACCAGAUGAAGUCUGUCGCAAUCUUAACCUGGAUGCUGUCCCCAAUAUCACAGCUGGUCCCUUCGCCAUCGGCAUGGUAGAGAUUAUCGGUAUCGUUGUAGCAGCCGUUAUCGCCAUCUUCCUGGUCCUGUUCUUCGCUCUCUUCAUGCGUCGACGUCGCAAGAGGCGCCAGUCGCACCACAUCCGUGCAAACGCUAACAGUUAUGUCAUGGAUACCUUCAAGCGAGACAGCAAAGGAUCAGACUAUGGGUACCCUCCGGCAAGCCCGCCUAGCCCCACACCACCCCCUCUGCCAAACCGGCCCGCGUCAUACACCCCAAGCAACCACAACUCACUCAAUAAUUUGGAGGCAGACAGGUACGGCUAUGAUGAUUCCCAAGCCUACCACGGCCAGCCCAUCAGCCAGCAGCCAUCCCUGCCUCCCCUGCCUUCCAACUCGGCUUCUGACAGUGACUCCAUUGCCAAGCCUGCCUGGGAGUUUGAUGCGCCCAGCGCCCACGAGAGCUACGUCGAUGGGCGUGACAGCACCACCAACGCCCCCAUCACUGCCAAUCGUCCCCUUCAGCACUCCCACCCCUGCAUCCUGCCCCCAGCCAGGGACGGUCACAUGCCGCUGGAACCCCCAGCCUACGAUGAGUUCAGCCACGCUGAGGUGACGUCCAUGAGCUCCAUCAAUACAGAGAACGACGAUGACGCAUUACCAGAUGUGUCCGGAGAUAUAUUUAGGCAAAAAGCAUACCAGUGGGACUGCAGUGAUUGGUUGCCAGCCGGCGAACCCCUCAGCAACAUCCCCGAAGUGCAAUACGAGACGCCCGAGUCGCCCACCAACACCAAUCUCUCCGACGAGGACAUCGAGGAUGAGUUCGUCGGAGAGGAUACCGACUACCCAGCCGAGAACGAAGACAUGCCCUAUCCCCGGGGGGCGAUGAGUGACUUCCAGCAGCAGCUGGCUAGCUACCCACCGGUGGACGACACCCCCUACGUGGGGCUCAGCUCCCACUACCGACAGCAUCCCAACCAGUACUUGCCCAAGCAUGCCGUCAGCAACUCUACCUUGCCUCCACCGGACCCAGAGGAAGACAUAUCAGACGGUUUGCCCUACCCGCAGCGUGGACAGUUCCCUGCGUCGGCCGCCUCCACCGGCGACUUGAACUUUGACCUUGAGGGCGCCAUCGCCAACAUGGACAACAUGUCCAUGUCGGUGUACACGGACACCAACGCAUCGUGUUCUGACGUCUCAGGGAUGUGUGAUCCGGACAGCGAGAUGGGGCUAAGCGAAUACGACAGCGUGGACGACACGGAGGAUAGUGAGGAGGACGACUUUCCUGACGACAGAGAGCUGAACGCACAGCUCAAGAACCUAACCACUGACGUCUGAUCCCCUACAACCCCCUCAGUUCAAUUCCAUGGAGCUGAUAGUGAUAUCAAUACACAGAAAUUUGCUAAGCAGAGAAACUAUAUGCUAAGCAAAUUCAGCUUACCAUCCAAAUGACUUGCAAUGUGAAUUGUUAACGACUGGUACCCAUCUGUGUUAUGCUCAGCAAGGCAUUUUGCUUAGUAUUUUCUGCCCACAGGCUCCAUGAAAUUGAACCGUCCCUUAAACAGUAAUCAGUGAUUCCAUUGCUUACGACAUACAGUACAAGUAGAGCCCGGCCAAGCCUCCUAGAUGUUCUAAGCUGUAUAUAUUGAGUGAUAUAUCGUAUUUCGUGGCUUGAUGUAUCUCAUAAGAGACAUAUUUUCAUUGUAAAAGAAAUAAGCUCAGCGGAUCUCGGCUAUAGACAGCUGGGAAAAAAGGAUUGUUGUGUAACAUCAACAGGAUUGUAAAUAUUCAAAUAUGAAAUAAUGGUGCAGCAGAGUUUUCAGGUUCAUUGCCAAUGAAGAUAUAUAUCAUGAAUGUUCUCAAAUUCAAAAACGUUUCCAUCAUUUGGACGAUGAGUUCAGCAUUUUGUAUCGUAACCCACCAUGAUCAACUGUCUUUCAAGGAGAUCGUGGUUGUCGAAGAAACUGCCAGAAUUGACCAAUCAAAUCCCUCCAUAUCUGUGAAAAUAUUUGUAAAAAUAACAUUUAUUUCACAAUUUCUUCGGUAAAAGAAGCAUUUAAUGUACUUCUUUAUCUGCACGUUUGGGUUUUUAAUUAUUUGUAAAAAUGAAAUUAAAGCUCUAACUUUGAUGCUUUUUACUGUUACUUGCAAAAUUACCACCAUUGUUCAGAUAUACAAACUAUCAUGCACUGUAAACAACCAAAGUACUAUUUGAGUACAUUUUACCAUAUUUUUAAGCCUUUUUUGGUUCUUCAAAAUGUACGAUCAUUGUGCUCAGUACUUACAUAACAGCACUUAAUUUUUUUUUUACGAGAUGUUCAAAGGUCAAUUACUGUCUGUUUUCUUCAAUUCUUAUUAAGGUAUUUCUUUCAAAAUAGGAGAUCAUUGGUCCCACUCUCAGGUUAACGAACUUUGCAGUACUAAAAAUUCUUUCCAACAAUGAAUGUUUUUACACCCUGGGCUUCCCUCUUUAAUAUGCAAUUCAUCCCCUUCCGAAAUUUGAUACUGCAAAAUGUUAUGAAUAUUUUUGCUGAAUUUCCCCUAGAAAACUCAAAAGUGGUGAGACAUCAAUAAAACUGUUAUAGUACUGCUAUUUGAAUAUCAGUACCGAGUAUGCAUUAUGCAAAUAUUAGACAAGCUUAAUGUCUGACUUUAUCAUUUCUGAAAAAUAGUUGCCACGGCUUGAAUUUUGUUUGUAAAUCCUUGUUAACUUUUUUAAUAUUGUCCAAAAAUGCAAAUGAGUAAAGUAGCAAUAUUGUGAAUUUACCACACUUUUUCCAAUAAUUAUUAAUUCUUGCAACAAAAUAACCAAUUGAACUUGCACUGAAUACAUUGCGAGCACCGAAUGCACAAGAUGUAUAUAUGUAACGUUGCUCUGAUAUGCAGAAAUACUAAUAGGCCUAAUGUAGACUUUGUACUAGUCACUUUAUGUCUUGUUUGUUACAGCUGUACGUGACAUUUUUAUUCAUCAUGUGUACAUAUCAUUGCAUGUAUAUGCUUAUAAUUUAUGCAUGUAUAUGCUCAUAAAUUAUGCAUAACCAUAAUGAAUAAUGCAUAUAAUCAUUACAAGAUAAUUGUGGAUCGUGGUGUUGUUUUAGAUAAAGUCUACUUGAAAGAUUCUUGAAAGAAUACGCAGUUAAAAAGCUACAAAUUCUUUGAGUGACUUCCUACUUUCAUUUAGGUAAGAAAUGUUUGUUAUGCAAAUAUUUUCCUCCUGCCUUAUGAAUAUUCAGUGGUGCAUAAGAAUAUAUUAAUAUUAAGCUUUCUGCACACGCAAGUCUUUGUCUUCUCAAUCGUGAAUAUGCCUUGAUUCUCAACCCUUGUUUUAUUAAAAGCUUGUGUCUUCAUUUUACAAAAGUACUCUAGUUCUUCCAUUUUCUUUUUUUGGAAUGCUUUCCCAGGCUCAGGACAUACGAAGUUACCUUUUUAUUCUCUGUAGCACUCAAUAGUUUGUUUUGAAAUUAAUGCAAAAAUAUCUGUUCCUAAUGAGUUUGUCAAGAAUUGAGAAACUCUAGUCACACGCACUGAAAAUUUAAAUAAAAAGCCCCCCCCCCCUCCCACCACAAGCUCUGUUUGACACCCAUUGGGCAAAUCCUUCAUAUAUUUCCCAUGGAUAUUGUAUACAUUUUUUUUUUAUAUCUCUUCCUUGCUCCAUGCUUUAAUGGAGUGCCCUCCCAUAUUCCAAAUGCACCAGCCAUCAAAACUGCAAGUUUAUUUAUUGAAAAGUGGGAAAAGUUGAAUUUGAUUAUUUAAGUUCAUUUUAUUCCUUUUUAUAAACCAGUGGACACAAGUUUUGAACCAGUUUUUUCUGUUUUUGUUGUGAAGAAUGGCAAUAAUUUUGGGGAGAACUAAAUGUUGAUUUAAUAGUUGAAGUGUGUUCUAACCCUGUUUACAUAAAUGUAGUUAUUUUUAAGUGUCUUUCUUGAUUUUUUUUUAUUAUUGUGUUUUGUAUAUCCAAAUAUUUUAGGAAUGUUUUAAAGAUCAGGACAACUCCACUGAUUAGAAUAAUACUUGUGCACUUUGAAGUUAUAUUUAUUGUUAUCGCUUAAACUGUAUUUAUCUCCGUUCAGAUUUGUUUAACAAGUUGAUUGGACAGGAGCACAAUUGUCAUUGUUUCCUUAGUGUUUCAUGUGGCGUUCCCUUGGAAACUAGUGGGUUUUUAUUAGUAGAUGAUAGUGUUAAGUUGUUAAACAGAAUUGGACAGUUAAAGUCUUAGCAAUUCCCCAAAGUUGUUCCUUGAAAGAAAUUUCCUACGAGUUUUGGUGCUUUAUAAUUUUUUUUUUAUUAUCUUAUAAUUUGAAAUAUUACUGUUUGCUUCUUUUUAAGUGUUAUGUUGUUCAAGAAAAAAAAACGUUGUUGUAAGGAACAAAGCUUUUAAUCCGAGUAAAAAAAAAAUCAAGUACACAAUUUGUAAAUUGUAAAAUAUAAAAAAUGAGGAAAAAGUACUGAUUGUGUUUAAAUUAGCCAAAAACUGUAAGUACAUUAAACUGAUGAAAGAAAAGAAUAAAAAGAAUUCUUGAGAUUAAAA